AUGUCGGACGGCGAACCCCAGGCUACCCCGGACGACUCUCGGCGUCCCACCGGAAAUUAUGAACAGGCCUGUGACGUUCGUAUGACCUUCACGACUGAGCAUGCUAACGGUCAUACCAGUGAGUCCACUGAUACCGACGAGGCAGCGGGCAUCACCAGCGGCCCGCCGAGCGCCCAGCCCCGCCGGGCCAGCUGGGUCCUCCCGGCGAUCGGGCUGUGCGCUCUCGUCGUCGGGAUCAUGCUCACAGCGGCCGCGCUGGUUCAUUUUCCCCGGGACAACACUGGGGCUGAACUUAAGUCCAUAAGCAACCAAUUGGAGACACAUGGCAAGAGUCUACAAGACGUUCUACUCGCCCUGAAGACAUGGAUGCUGGAAGGUCCAAAGCCAGACCAGACUAUGAUUGUUACAACAGUGUCAAUGGCGACGAACACAAGUGACACCUCUGUGUAUGACGUCACCCCGUACAUCCAUGACGUCAUCACUGACAUGCGCAGCAGCGUUACAGACCAAACGUCUCCGGUGUUGACUGUCGCCAUCAGCACCAAACCCAGUAACACCAACGACCAAUCGCUGACUGCUGAAGCACCACUUGCCAGUACCAAAGUCAAGAGAAAGGGUCGAGUUGGGGAAUACGAAGUGCUGAAGAUGGCCUGCCCCGGCGUGGAACGUAUCCGCGUGGAGGCCGCCAUGUACGGCGUCCGCCCCGACUGCCGCAGCGGCAACAGCCUCCGCCGGGUCCGCAACAUCUGCCAGGGGCGGUCCGCCUGCUCGGUCCCCGCCUCCAACGCCGUGUUCGGGGACCCGUGUGUUCGAACGCACAAGUACCUGGAAGUCGAGUACACCUGCACCGAGCCCGGUGUGACCUGCCCUGCCUGGACCCGCUGGUUGGAUCGUGACGACCCCAUUAGCUUCUACGACUGGGAGUCGUUCACGUCUCUUCGCCGGGUGUACCCCCGAGAGAUCUGUGCCGAACCCUCGGACAUCCAGGCCCGCGUCAGGGGCUCCCACGUGCCGGCCGAACAGACCGGGGAGCAGUUCUUCUUCUACAGCCCGCAGCUGGGUCUGGCCUGCAGAACCAGGGACCAGACGGACCGGCGCACCUGCCAGGACUACGAAGUGCGCUUCUGCUGCCCGUGAGCAAAACAAGAAAUCGUCCAUUCACUAGCCUAGUAGUUCGCAGACUUGUGGGGCGGCGGCGUUUAUUUUUUUCGGGGAGCGACGCGAGUU